AUGAGAAUAGGCCAAGCUGUGAGCUGUCUAGGUAUGUCUGCCUUUGCCGUCUCGUGCCUUCGCGUUCGCGUUCGCGUUCAAGUUCGCGUCCGCGUUAGCCUUCGGCUCCCAAGGUCGACUUUCUGCCUCUAUGGAUCGAGAGUCUCUACCCUCAUUCAAAAUUUCUUUGGAAUUCAGCAUCUCUGUCAGAGAUGCGUCCUCAAUUGCCGGAUGGAAUUGGAUCAUAUCAGUGAGGGAGGGAAGGCAAAUCAGGUGACGCAGUGCGUGGCAGCCUGUGGCAAACCUAUAUGGCGAGCUUUUUGCAGCCUUGCACAGCAUGGUGUUCCAGACAUUAUAUUUCAAACGACCAGGGAAGUCUACCGGCAGUAUGGAAAUUCCUGUGGCUUGAUGUUGAAUAGGGUGUUGGCCGAGGUGUUGAUAUCUGACCGAACGAAGUAA